GAAACAACAUGAAGUGAAGUGCAUGUCAGCAUGCUGAAAAAUUCGAGUUGAUGCAGCGCCUCUAGUGAUGAUUGUUUGUACUUGUCGACAAAAUGACGGUAUUUAGCGUUGUUGAUGCACCGUGUGAGAAUAAUGCAUUGUAUUGUUAGUUUAUUUGUAAAUACGAGUAUUGAUUUAAGUGAAAAUUUCAUUUUUAAAUAAUUUAGCUUAAUGAAAUUUAUUGAGAUUAUUCAAAGUUGCCAAAAUGGAUCAAGCACCGACAGAUAUUGAAUUAAGAAAUAUUAUUGACAAAUUGGCUCAGUUUGUGGCUAGAAAUGGACCUGAGUUUGAACAAAUGACUAAAAACAAACAAAAAGAUAACCCUAAAUUUAGCUUUCUUUUUGGAGGAGAAUAUUUCAACUAUUACCAAUAUAAAGUAACUACGGAACAAGCAAUUUUAAAGCAAAAAGGAAUAAGUCCAAUGCAAAAUGCAGAUCCACGUUUAAACGUUUCGCAGUCGCAGCAAUCAGCAGUUCCACCAGUGCAGCCAUUGAAUAAUAUCAACCUACAGCCUGGAUUGAAUUCUCAAAACAACGGCCUGACCCCAGUGGGUGGAAUGGGUGCCCCAGGAAAUCCAGGACCGGUUUUAUCUGUUGCUGGAACAUUAGGAGGACCAGGGAGUGCUGGACCACCAGGAAUCGGAACUAAUGUCCUGAGCAACGUAAAUCCACCAUUGGGAGGACCAAACCAAGGUGUAAAUAUCAACGGACCAUCUGGAUGGCUUCAAAAUGAGUUGGCAAAUCUUCAAUCUCAACAAAAUACUCUUCAGGAACAAGUAAGACAGUCUGAACAAAAUCUGGCUGCACAACAUGCUGCUCUUAUGGCUCAACAACAAGGAAGGGUGGAAGAUGCUGUAAGACAAGCUCAAGAAUCAGCACUUCAAAACAAUGCACAGACUACGAAUACUGAUCUUGCUGCUUUCGAUGCAGUUCUACAACCAAUCAUUGAUAGUUGUACAAAAGAUAGUAUAAGUGCUGGUAAAGCUUGGAUUUUACAAAACAGUGUUACCGCACAGAGCAAUACAGUUAUUGCUGAUCAUUUGUUAAAAAAAGUUAUUCAAGGUGCAACAUUCAAUCAGAAGCUUCACAUCAUUUAUUUGGUCAAUGACGUAUUACACCAUUGCGCUAGGAAAAAGUCUAUGGAUCUCCGUCAGGCGAUGGAAAACGUUGUUGUACCCAUGUUUUGCAAUACAUCGUUAGCUGCAUCUGAAGAUCAAUUAACAAAACUCAAUAAGUUACUAAGUUUAUGGGAAUCAAAAAACAACUACUUUGAUGAGGGUAUCAUUGAAAAGCUGAAGCAACCAAGUACGUCAUGGUCUGAAUAUCAAGCUAGUCUAGUCGCACAAUUUGCUAGUGCGAUUACUCCAAUUACAACUUCGACGAAACAAACGUUUGAUAAUUAUCAGGCUCAACAUCAAGCAUUUGUAAAUCACGCGAUGAGGCAAAUCAACUCUAUAGAACAACAAAAAAUCGCAAUUGAUCAACAAUUAAAAACGCCACAACCACCACCAAUAGUUCAAAAUCAACAAAAUCUAAAUAUACCACCAUCACAUGCUGGUCCACCACCUGCAAUAGGAGGGGAUAUGAAUUUUUCGCAACCUCCUCCAGGUUGGGGUCUUCCUUCGACGGUAGAACCUCCUCCAUUUUCAACAGUGCCUCUGCCAGAUUUUACCAAACCUCCACCAGGGUUUGCACCAGCUCCUGCUAUUCAUGAACCUUCUGUAGAAGAUCUCAUGCCUAGUAUGCCUUAUUUCGAGCUUCCUGCAGGUCUUAUGGUGCCUCUAAUCAAAUUAGAAGAUGGUGAAUACAAAUCUCUAGAUCCUGAAGCUAUAAGAUUACCACCACCUACUCCACCCAGUGAAAGACUAGUUGCAGCAGUUGAAGCAUUUUAUGCACCACCCAAUCACGAUUCUCCUCGGGACAGUGAUGGUUGGGAAAAAUUAGGAUUAUAUGAAUAUUACAAAGCUAAAAAUGCAGCUCGAAAGCGAAAAGAAGAAGAUAUUCAAGCCGGUCUAAGGCCUAAAUCAAGAUCGCCGACACCAAUCCUUCGACCACGUUCGAAGAGUCCUAGUCCACCAAAGAAACGUUACAGAAGUAAAUCACGGAGUAGAUCACGAUCCAGAUCACGAGGGCGAAGUAGAUCUAGAUCACCUACAACAAAUCAUCGUCGUAAUAGCCGUAGUGGUAGUAUUCAUGCCGGUACUAUUCACAACAGUCGAAAUCGCCGGAGGAGAAAUAGUAAUAAAGAUCGAAGUCCUGAUAAGAGAAACGAUAGACAGGAUCGAAGUCCUACUCCACCUAGUUUCCUUGGCUCAACGUACAGUAAAGCCCCAAUAGAAUCAAGCCUAGAUGAAAAUAAUAAAGGUCAUCAGUUGCUUAAAAAAAUGGGCUGGAGCGGUGCUGGAUUAGGAGCCAAUGAACAAGGCAUUGAAGCACCUAUAUCCGGAGGAGAAAUAAGGGAUAAAAAUGAUCAAUAUAAGGGAGUUGGCAUUAAUUUAAAUGAUCCUUAUGAAAACUUUCGCAAAAGUAAAGGCCAGGCUUUCAUUACUCGAAUGAAAGCUAGAGCAGAAGAACGUGCAGAGGAAAGAGGCGAACGUGAUUGAAUUUUUUUUAUAAUUUAAUGCAAAAUGUCAUUCUCAGUUUGCAAUUUAUACAAUUUUCGCAUUCCUAUUUGAUGCAAACGUAAGUUAUUUGAAUUUUAUCUAAAAUUUCUACCACAUUAAAAAAAAAAAAUUUUUUUGCCAUUGUGAAUAUAUUGCCCGCUCAUUUUUUAGUUCUUAAACAAAUAAUAGAACUAUAGUAUCAAAUACUUUUACAAUAAUUUCAAUUGUAUGUCUAAAAAAGAAUCUAAAAAUUGAGUUCUUUUAAAAUCAACUGGAAAAGUGAUCAAAUUAUUUUUGAUCAUGUAUUAAAGUAAAGAUCAUUGAGAUAGUAAUCAUAGUGAUGGUACUAGCUAUCUCAACACGUGACUAAUGUACAAAAUGAUAUUCAGUAUAUAAUAAACAUCAUUCUAAUUCGUUUUUCUUGAUAGAUAAA